AUGCUACAUCGGCUGAUUCUUUGAUAGCAACAAACGCCACCCAACCCAAACCACCCCUUCUAGCAAUGUUACGUAUAAUAGUCGUUUGCGCGUAUUUUUUAAGAAUAAACUAUAAUGUUCAGAAGAAUUAUUGUAGGAGUUUCCGGUGGUGUUGAUAGCGCCGUGACGGCUUAUUUACUUAAAGCUAGAGGUUAUGAUGUCCGCGGAGCGUUCAUGAAAAAUUGGGACCUGAUUGACGAGUCCGGGUACUGUUCAGGAGAGCAAGACUGGUUGGACGCACAAAAGCUCUGCCGUCAGCUUCGAAUUUCAUUAGAGCAAAUCAAUUUUGUCAAAGAUUAUUGGUUGGAAGUUUUCGGGAGUUUCCUCAAAGAUUACGAUAACGGUAUCACUCCAAACCCGGAUAUAUUGUGCAACCGGCAUAUUAAAUUUAAUUUGUUCUAUAAAUAUGCACGCGAAAAACUGGGAGCCGAUGCUAUAGCAACCGGUCACUACGCUCGAAGCAACUUUGGCCCCUAUUUAGAAAAGUAUGAUGAUCAAGCGGAUGUUCAUUUACUGUCUGGCGUCGACGCAAUAAAAGACCAAACUUUCUUCUUGUCGCAAAUCAACUCAAAAGCUCUGAGCCGUACUAUGUUUCCCAUCGGAGGUAUGACUAAGGCAGAAGUAAAACGCCUAGCGCACGAAAUAGGAUUGGGAUGGUUUGCCAAAAAGAAGGAAAGCAUGGGUAUUUGUUUUGUAGGAAAACGAACUUUUCAGGAUUUCAUCGCUGAAUACAUUGCCGCAAAACCGGGUGAUUUUGUGGACUUUGACACAGGCAAAAUAAUAGGAAAACAUAAAGGAGUGCACAACUGGACUGUUGGUCAAAAAGCAAAAAUCGCAGGGUGCUUGAAACCUUACUAUAUAUUUCAGAAGGCAGUUGAUACUAAUACAAUUUAUGUAGUAUCCGGCAGUGAUCAUCCGUUACUAAAGACUGAAAUGGUGUACGUGGAGAAUCCUGUAUGGAUCAACAAACCAGUUGAACUUGUUCAAAGGAGACUUUGGAAGUGUCAUUUUAGGUUUCAGCACACGAAACCUUUAGUACCAUGCGACAUAGUCGAAGUUGACGAAAAAGGGGAUAAACUUUUUGUAAAGUUGGGCAAGCCUCUUUACGCCAUUACACCCGGCCAAUACGCUGUUUUUUAUAGCCAAGAGGAGUGCUUUGGUAGCGCGCGUAUAGUCAAACCUGGUCCUUCAAUAAUUUACCAGCGGCAGUGACCAAUACUUUAUAAAAUGUUAUUAAACUUGUUAACUCAG